AUGUUGUCUCCACUUUCUUCUUAUUCUACGAAAUGCUUCCAUAACUUCAGUACUUCAAAAAAUAAAGUUCAAAAAACUCAGCUUACCCCAACUUUUUCUCCUACGAAAAAUCUUUUAAACCUUAUUACAAUUUCUCAAAUUCCAAAAACCCCAACGACUUCUAUUUCUUCCCCUUCGAGAAGUCUCUUUAAUUUAAUCAUAAAACCUCAAACUCCAAAACCUUUAGCCAAUUCACAAAUUUCUACCACCGAAAAACUAUUUGAUUCUAUGGACACUCAACAAAAUCCAAAAAAAUAUAACAAUAGUUUCCAAUUGCAUAAUAAAGACUUUAAAAAUUCGGGAAUCGAAAACGAAUAUGGUGAAAAAUUUUAUUAUAUUAAAGAAGAUAUUUAUGUCGCUAGAGUUGUUAGAGGUCAUAGAAUUUACAUUCAGGGUGGGUAUUAUGAACAAGAAAUUAGUAAAGAGAUUGAAUAUAUACAAGAAUUGGCUAAAGGUUGUGAUAACAUUGUUCAAUACUAUGGAUAUGUCACAAGAGGUCCUUAUUUCUACAUGAUUACCGGUUGGGGGGAAUUCAAGCUUAAAGAUUUACUUUUUUCUGAAAAAGGAAAACUUGAUUGGGAGCAAAAAGUUUCGAUUGCUCGUGGUAUCGCUAAUGCUCUACGACAUAUUCAUCAACAAGGAAAAAUGCAUUAUGAUCUUAGUAGUGAAAACAUCUUAUUGACUGAUAACCUAGAACCAAUGCUUUAUAAUUUCCGUGUCCCUGGAGGAUCAUCAUCUACUGACUGUCUUACAAGAUGGUCUUCACCGGAGGCCUGGAUAUACAGGAUACAUAAACCCUCGAGUGAAGUAUACAGCUUUUCAACAAUCCUUUGGGAAUUAUCAGCUGAAAAGUUACCUUUUGAUUCGAUACCUGAUAAAUUUAUUCACAAAACAGUCAAUAAACGUCCUAAACCUGAAUCAAUCGAAGGAACUCCAAUUGUUUAUCAUGAUUUAAUGAUAAAAGGAUGGGCACAAAACCCUGAUGAUCGUCCAACAAUGGAUGAAGUUUUUAAGGUUCUUAAAAUUCUAGAAUCAGAUUUUAAGAAUGGUCGAGAUAUUAAAAAAGUUUCCGAGACUUCUUCCUUAACUAAUAACUUUAAAAAGAAAUUGGUACUUGAUUCUAAUGUAUCAUCACAUGAAUGGAAUGAUGACUCUACUAUCUUUGUCCCUGAUUUUACCACGAAUACAGUGAACCGCGAUGAUUACCUUGAAUCUAGUUUUAAUGAUAAGGCUUCUUCACGUACUUCAUCUUUGAAUUCUGUAUCAACUGUGAUACAAGAUCACUUUUAUUCUGCUACCGCAUCUUCAAAGUUAUCAAAUGAUCCUAUAAUCGAACCACAACCUACAUUAUCACAUACCUUGGAAGAUGCCAUCUUACUCCAUAAUAAGAAAAAAUAUAAAAAAGCAUUUGAAAUUUUUAAGGCGCACUCUGAACAUAAUAAUGAUCCUAUCGCAAACUAUUGGAUUGGAUUAUAUUAUUACAAAGGACUUGAUGGUGAAAAACCGAAAUUUAAAAAUAGUGCAAAGUAUUUAUCAGAGGCUGCCGAACAAGGACAUUCUGAUGCUCAAUUUUUGUAUGCAAAGUUAUUAUUUACGGGACAUUCUGCUGAACAUCAUAAAAAUAAUACAAUGAAUAUUGGUGCUGAAAUGUUGAAAAAAUCUGCGGAUGCCAAAAACCUUGAUGCAAUGAGUUAUUAUGGGAAACUGUUGAUAAAAGGAGGAUACACUGUGAAAAAGGAUGUUAAUGCUGGUAGAGAGUUACUUAAUAGAGUUAACGAAAUUAGAAUUUCGUCUUGUUUAAAUAAUCGUAAUCAUUUAUCAUCUGUUUCUAUGGAAAAGACGAAAAGUAAUACGUUCACUCAAGUAAAUCCUGUAAUUGUUAAUAGCCAAAUGAAAACUAGAACGUUAAGUGCGCCUUCUAAACCUGUAAAUAUUGCGCUACGAAGAUCUCCAAAAUUAUCGCUUACGAUUGAUACCGAAAAAUUGAGGUCAAUUACAUAUUAUUGA